CGACUAUUAAUCCAUAAGCAGUUUCACCUGUGUGGUGCUCAUUCGAUAGGAAAGGGGGUCAUACAUGUAAAGUAAUUACGCUUUUUACAUUAAUAUGUCCAACAUAUUCUAUGGAAGCCACUGUCGGAUAAAACAGGACGGCAUCCCUGCAGGGACAUAACAGAAGUGUUAACACUUAAAGUGUUUACAAUGGAGUAGCAUGUCAGUCUCAGCCAUGGCAUGUCGGCUCGACUCUGCUGGCUCUGUAGCCACUCUCCAUGCAGUGUGAAAGACUUGGAUUAUUGGUUUCCUACCUUCGGAGGAGGCCCGGAGUUAUGACAUUAGUGAAAUGUGGAUAAAAUCAUCUUCAAGUGGAUCUUCAUGCACAAACGUCUUCACCUCCUUUGUCAGCUCACACUUGACAAAGACCCUCCCUCUGCUGGUUCUGCUCACAGGUCUUGUUUCCUGUAAUCAGACCUCCACGACACCACCCUCUGUGGCAGGUGUGCUAUACUACUUCAUUGACAUCACUGUUGAUGUGACUGGGCCCACGAAGAAUGAAUCGGAAAUUACUUCCUGGCUCCAACAGGUGUUCCAAACCAAGCUGGAGAGUUGCAUUUCUCCAUACGAUGAACAUAACUCAACCGCAACACCAACUGCAUUGCCAACCACAUCUGCAAACGGGACGACAACAUUGUCACAAGGCCACAGCUCAAGUUCACCGACAAAAAAUGUGACUCAAAGCACCUCCGCAACCACAUUGCAGACCAGUAACACCACUGAGGCAGCAACCACAACAAUGCAGAGCAACAACACCACAAUACAGAACAACACUACUGUAACUACAAUACAAAGCAAUACAACAAUACCUCCAACUGCAAUACAAAACACAACUACAACCAUAAUACAGAACAACACUACUGCAACUACAAUACAAAGCAGUACAACAAUACCUCUAACCACAAUACAAAACACGACUACAACUAUAACCAUAAUACAAAACAACACUACUGCAACUACAAUACAAAGCAAUACAACAAUACCUCCAACUGCAAUACAAAACACGACUACAACUAUAACCAUAAUACAGAACAACACUACUGCUGCCACAUCCACUGUACAAAACACCAACACCACUGCAGCCACAACCUCAUUACAAAGCAACACGAUUGUUGCUACAACCACCAUACACAACAACACUACUGCAGCUACAACUCCAUUACAAAACAUUGACACAGCUAGUGUCACAGCAAGUAGAGCUACAACAAGUAGAGCUAUAACAGAUGAUGCUGGCCGCAGCAUGACCACUAGCACCAGUUUGAUUGCAGCCAACGAUGGAGGUAAAAAUACGGGAAUAUUAAAUACCAGUCCAUCAAACAGGGCACGUUUUAUUCGGGAUGUACAAAGCAGCACGUCCAGUGGUUUAUUCCAGGGACUUGAAGUCUCCUGUGCCAAGAAGACUCAAAUAAGAAAGACCAACUGCUUGGUGACGUUGGCAGUGAAGCAGGACGUGCUGCCAUGUUGCAUCCUAAAAACGCUCUGUACAGCGAAGGAAAAUUCAUCAGAUAUUCACAUAGAGGCAAAGAGAGCAAAUCGUUUGACUCCCUUGGGUGACAACUGCAGCCGUGAUCAUCUGGAGGAAAACAUCUGUCUUUAUAAUUCAACCAAUUCAACAUGUCAAGAUUCAGAGUUUAGGGCGCCACCGUGUGGUUCAGAUAUGAAUAAACACUGCAGCUGCUUGUCUUACUGCAAUGGGACUGAUGCAUAUUACACUUUAGAAAUAUCAAUAAAAGACCCUGAGAUGAACCUCUCCUACCCUUUGUUGCUGAUUUCCCAGUUGAACCAAAGUUGCUCUCCAACAGAGAAUGUCUCCUGCCCUUUGUCCACCAUUGCUUCUGAAUACAAGAAUACCAGUUUGGACUGUGGACAGGCUGCAGCAGACCCUCAGAUUUGCAGAGUCAUUAUACACUUGGCACAGGAAGUUCCCAUCUGUAACGUGUCAGCAGCCGUAACAGCAGUGUUUCAGUCACAGGAGAACAUUACAUUUGAUGGCCUAACAACCAGGGCAGCUAUUUGUGGCCAUUCUAAUGCCAGUGAGAAUCCACUGGACUCCCAGUUGACGUGGAUGAACACUAACCUCCAGCAUGCAGACUUUUGUACAGCCUACUUCUUCACUGACGAGUGUCAAGCAGGGCAUAACGUGGUGGUAGAGCUGAAGGACCAAUGCGUUCCCACAAUGUCGAGCACAGCCACUCCAGAUGUGACAACCACACAACCAAACAUAACCUCCACCAGCACACCUUCACCCCCGGUGGACACAACAACAGCAUCGCCCGGCACAUCCUCCAACGACACCGAGAGCCAAGCCAGUGCUCUCCUUGAGCUGACCUCUGAUGUGUCCAGACUCAACGCCAGUCAGGUGGACCAGCUUGUGUCUCAGCUGGAGGAUCUGUUGUCGGGUCCCAACGUCAGCGUGACUCUGGCCAACAUAUCCAUCCACAUCGUUAGCAACCUGUUGGGCGCCUCUGCUGAGACGCUAGCCCAAUCCUCUAACAGAAUUAUUAAGAUUGUUGAAACGGUGGGCUUCAAGGUGGUCCUUGAAGGUGAAAGCCAGACUCUCCUGGCCCCUGCUGUGGCUCUGUCUGCCAAAGCAGUGGAUGGGAGUAACUUUCAGGAAGUCUUCUUCUCCAUCUCAGACCCCAGCAAUGUACAGGUCCGUGGGGAUUCCAGGCUCAGAAGGAACGUGAAGAAUGACUCGUCCGUCCCUCAGGGCUCCAUCACGCUCCCACCCUCUCUAACCCAAAAUCUUACCUUGGAGGAGCAGCAGCUGGCCUCCAGAGUCCACUUCAACUUCUACCAGAAAAGCACCGUAUUUCAGGACAGAUCUUUAGGAACACGGAGACUCAUCAGCGGCAUCCUGGGUGCUAGUGUUGCAAACAUGACAGUGACAGGCCUCCAGGAAGAUGUUGUAAUUCGCCUGAAGAACACUGAGCCAGUUCCCGCUAAUUAUGUGGCUUCAUGUGUCUUCUGGGACUUUGCAUUAAAUGACAGAAGCGGUGGUUGGAAUUCCAACGGAUGUCGUGUUCAAAACAGCAGCGAUGAUGUAACCGUUUGUGGCUGCAACCAUCUCACCAGCUUUGCUAUCCUGCUGGACCUCGCCAGGCAGCCUCUAACCAGUCGAGUCCAGGCCACCAUCCUGACCUUCAUCACAUACAUUGGCUGUGGGGUCUCCGCCAUCUUCCUGUCUUUGACCCUCCUCACAUACUUGGCCUUUGGCAAACUGCGCAAGGACGUCCCGUCUAAAAUCCUGAUCCAGCUAUGCCUGGCUCUCCUGCUGCUCAACCUGGUCUUCCUGGUGGACGCUUGGCUAGCUCUGUACCCAGAUGCCACGGGCCUCUGUAUCUCCACCGCCUGGUUCCUUCACUACUUCCUGCUGGUGGCCUUCACCUGGAUGGGCUUGGAGGCGAUGCACAUGUACCUGGCCAUCAUCAAGGUCUUCAACUCCUACAUCUCCCACUAUAUGCUCAGGUUCUCUGUUGUGGGCUGGGGUGUGCCCAUGAUCGUGGUCAUAAUAGUCAUAGCUGUGGACAAGGACAACUAUGGCCUGGUGUCCUACGGGAGGUUUUCUGAUGGCACAACUGAUGACUUCUGCUGGCUGAGAAAUGACAUCGCCUUCUAUGUGGCGGUGGUGGCCUACUUCUGCGUCAUUUUCCUCUUCAACUUCAUUAUGUUCCUCGCGGUGCUGGUCCAGGUGUGCCGGAUGAAACGCCAGAACCCACACAACUCCCACCACCGCACUACAGGCCAGGACUUACGAAGUGUGGUGGGCAUCACAUUCUUGCUUGGCCUCACUUGGGGCUUUGCGUUCUUUGCCUGGGGGCCCGUCAACCUGCCCUUCAUGUACCUCUUUGCCAUAUGCAACUCCUUCCAAGGGUUUUUUAUAUUUGUUUUCCACUGUGCGGUGAAAGACGUGGUGAGGAGACAGUGGCAGAUGUAUCUCUGCUGUGGCAAAAUGAGACUGGCGGAAAACUCGGAAUGGAGUCGCACAGCAACACAGAAGACGGGAAAGAGGGUGCCGUCUCGUCCCUCCUCGUCACAGUCCAGUACAUCGUCUUUCCUUGGUCACAACUCGGACCUGACUCAAGGAAUAGGAAGUCCAUUGGAUGACAGAAUCAUUACAGCUGAUGAAGAACACAGGGCGGAUGUCAUCCUCAACAGAAACCAAUUGGAAUAACUAAACAGGAUACAAAUAUUCAUAUUGAUGGCAACUUUAUUUUUUAAGACCACAUUGCACUUAUUUUUCAUACAGUUGUCUACAUGAAUAAUUGUUGCAACACCAUCCCCCCACUCAUGGAUGUUCUGCUUAUUCCUUCAGUUUGUUGACACCAAAAAUGUUGCAUUUUCAUAAUUGGUUUUAUUCUCAGUAGUAGUAACCACAAACAGACUAUGAACUUUCAUCUGCGUGUAUGGUGAGCUAUUGAAUGUGAAUCUGACUAAAUGGUGAGUAGAAGUAAUGAGUGCAGCCCCUGUAAUAUUGACCUGUUAUGACUCGUGCAUGACGCAAAUUUGGUUUUGUACUUUAAACAAAGUGAGUUGCAUCAAUUACCAUUUAAUAAUUUAUCUUGACUUGUUUAAGCAAACAUGACUGAAGCUUGGUGCCACCUUUGCACAUGCACCACUUUGAAUACCAUCUUACAGGUCAAUAAACACAUGCAGUAAAUGGACUGCCACUUUAAUUGCAAUAUGAAGACUAAUGUAAGCAUUUCAUGUAGAAGCCUGUGUAAAAUAUGAUUCAUGACUGUUUUCACAUUAUUGGAUGCUACUUUGAAAUCCUAGAAGCUUCCUUAACAUACAACAGUUUCCUUCAUUACUUUUGAACCAACUCUCUCCCUAGGAAAAAAAAAGUCCAUUGGCCAAAACCACUUUAAUUGCUAAAGGUCACAAAAUAAAAAGUGUGGGACAAUGUCAUUUCAAGGAACUUAAAAGGGGAAUAAAUAAAUGUGAGUCCCACAGGGUUGCU